AUGGCCAAGUUGCUCGCCAUCCCAAUCAUCGUCAUCAUCCAUGUCGGCCUGAUCGUGCCGAUCGCUGUCUCCGCCGCCAUGGCAGCAGGAGCAGCGCCAGUGGCCGACGACCGGUUCGCGCUCCUCGCUUUCUUGUCAGAUGUCUCGGCGGACCCCGGCGGCGCCCUCACCGACUGGGGCCGCUCGCCGGGGUUCUGCAACUGGACGGGCGUCGUGUGUGGCCGUGGCCCGGCGGGCAGGCGGCGAGUCACGCAGCUUGUCCUCAGCGGCCACGGCAUCGGCGGCGUGAUAUCCCCAGCUCUGGGGCGGAUGCCUUUCCUCACUGUUCUUGAUCUGUCGAGCAACGGUUUCGCCGGGGAGAUCCCCGUGGAGCUGGCCGCGCUGUCGAGGCUGACGCAGCUGAGCCUGACAAACAAUCUCCUCGAGGGCGCGAUCCCCGCCGGCAUCGGGCUCCUCCGGGAGCUCUACUACCUAGACCUAAGCGGCAACCGGCUCUCCGGUGGAAUUCCGGACACGCUCUUCUGCAAUUGCUCCGCCCUGCAGUACAUGGACCUCGCCAACAACUCUCUGGCCGGCCACAUCCCCUACGCCGGCGAGUGCCGCCUCCCCAGCCUCCGCUUCCUCCUCCUCUGGUCCAACGACCUGUCCGGCCCGAUCCCACCGGCGCUGUCAAAGUCUCCGAAGCUCGAGUGGGUCGACUUUGAGUCCAAUUACCUCGCCGGCGAGCUGCCGUCGCAGGUGUUCGACAGGUUGCCGCGGCUGCAGUACCUCUAUCUCUCUUACAACAACCUAUCCAGCCACGACGGCAACACCAACCUCGAUCCCUUCUUCCGCUCCCUGAGCAACUGCACUCGCCUCCAGGAGCUCGAGCUUGCCGGGAAUGGCCUGGGGGGCAGGCUUCCUCCGUUCAUCGGCGACCUCUCACGCCGUUUCCGGCAGAUCCACCUCGAGGACAACUCCAUCUCCGGCUCCAUACCUCCCAACAUCUCCGGCCUCGUCAAUCUCACCUACCUCAACCUCUCCAACAAUCUGCUCAACGGCUCUAUCCCGCCGGACUUAUCGCGCAUGCGGCGCCUCGAGCGGCUGUACCUCUCCAACAACCUUCUGUCCGGCGAGAUCCCCAGGUCCAUCGGUGAGCUGCCGCACCUCGGUCUCCUCGACCUCUCCGGCAAUUGCCUCGCUGGCGCCAUCCCGGACACGUUCUCGAACCUCACACAGCUAAGGAGGCUGAUACUGCACCACAAUCACCUCGCCGGCGCUAUCCCCCCGAGCCUCGGCGACUGCCAGAACCUCGAAAUCGUUGACCUCUCCUACAAUGGCCUCCAAGGCGAGAUCCCCGCACACGUGGCCGCCAUGGACAGUCUCAAGAUUUACCUCAACCUCUCCAACAACCACCUCGAAGGGCCUCUCCCUAUCGAGCUCAGCAAGAUGGAUAUGAUCCUCGCGCUCGACCUGUCGUCCAACGAGCUGGCUGGCGCGAUCCCGUCGCAGCUCGGCGGCUGCGUCGCGCUCGAGUACCUCAACCUCUCGAACAACAAGCUGCGGGGCGCGCUCCCAACGGCCGUGGCGGCGCUACCGUUUCUGGAGGUGAUUGACGUGUCGCGAAACGGCCUCUCUGGUGCGCUGCCCGAGUCCCUGCAGGUGUCGACCUCGCUCCGGGAUGCGGACUUCUCGUACAACAACUUCUCCGGUGUGGUGCCCCAGACCGGCGUGCUCGCGAACCUGUCCGCGGCGGCGUUCCGAGGCAACCCCGGGCUCUGCAUUGGAAAUGCCCUAGGCAUUGGGGUGUGCGGCUCGAGACGUGUGGGUCGACGGCGUGCGAUGCUCCCCGCGGUGGUCGGCAUCAUCGCGGCCGUGUGCGUCAUGCUGCUCUGCGCCGCCUGGUGCCGGUCAAUGGCGAAGGCGAGAACGACGCGGCAGUCGACGUGGCUUGUCGGCGACCAGGAGCAGGCGGAGAGGGAGCACCCGAGGAUAUCGUACCGGGAGCUCUCGGAGGCCACGGGCGGCUUCGCCGAGUCGAGCGUGAUCGGUGCGGGGCGGUUCGGGCGGGUCUACGAGGGGACGCUCCGCGGCGGUGUCCGUGUCGCCGUGAAGGUGCUCGUCGAACCGAAGGAGAGCGGGGACGGCGAGGUCUCCGUCAGCUUCAGGCGCGAGUGCGAGGCGCUCCGGCGGACGCGGCACAAGAACCUCAUCAGGGUGAUCACCACCUGCAGCACCGCCAACUUCAACGCGCUCGUGCUGCCGCUCAUGCCGCACGGCAGCCUCGAGGCACAUCUCUACCCGCAUGACGACGUCGGCGGCCGGCUAGGAUUCGACCAGCUCGUGAGCAUCGUGAGCGACGUGGCCGAGGGGAUGGCGUAUCUGCACCACUACGCGGCGGCGAGGGUCGUGCACUGCGACCUCAAGCCGAGCAACGUCCUCCUCGACGAGGGGAUGCGGGCCGUGGUCUCGGACUUCGGCAUCGCGCGGCUCGUCGCCGGCGUCGACGGAGACGCCAGCAGCACGAGCUCCAUCAGCACCGGACUGCUGCAAGGUUCAGUUGGCUACAUGGCACCUGAGUAUGGAUUAGGAGGUCGUCCAUCGGUGCGUGGCGACGUGUACAGCUUCGGCGUGAUGCUGCUGGAGCUGCUCACCGGGAAGCGGCCGACGGACGUGAUCUUCAGCGAGGGACUCACGCUGCACGACUGGGUCAGGCGGCACUACCCGCACGACCUCGCCGGCGCUGUCGCCCACGCGCCCUGGCGGCGGGACGUCGUGGACGACACGGUACAGGUGGCCGACAUGGCCGUCGUGCAGCUGAUCGAGCUCGGUCUCGCCUGCACGCAGUACUCGCCGGCGCUGCGGCCCAGCAUGGCGGACGCUUGCCACGAGAUCACCUUGAUCAAGGAGGGCCUCGCCAAGCACGGCGGCGGCGCCGACGCUGCCGACGACGACGGUGGACGGUCAUUCUCGACAACCAAGGAUUCGCUGUUCUCCAACUCCAGUUAA